AAAGCCAUAGAAAGAUUUCCUCUUUUCUUUAUCCCAUGAAGGGAUUUUCGCGCCAAAAUUAAGCUCUGUCAUCACCAUGAUCACAAUUCAACCCUCCUUCCCUCUCAAAUCCCCCCUCUUCCUUCUUCUUCUCUCCCUCGCCUUCCUCCAUUUUAAACCCUCCUUCAACCCGACCCGGAACCAAACCCUAGCCCGUAACUGUACCCACAACCGAACCACCCGUAACAACUACCUAAUCCGGUUCACCGACUACAAAUCGGCGUCCGAUCAUCGUUCCUACUUGGAAUCCAGCCUUCGAUCCGAUGGCUGGGACUGGAUCGAGAGGCGCAACCCGGCUGCUAAGUUACCCACUGAUUUCGGGCUGCUUUCGAUUGAGGAUUCAGUGAAAGAAGCCGUGGUCGAGGAAAUUGAGAAUCUGAGAUUUGUUAAAGAUGUGAAUGUUGAUAUGAGCUAUAACAGGGGACUACUUGCUGGUGGUGCUUUUAAGAAUGGGCAAAAACGACCCGGAAAGAUUUUUACUUCGAUGUCCUUUAGUGAAGAAAAGCAUUUCCACGUUUCGGGUUUAAGUAAUUCAUCGAUUAAUUGGAGUCGCCAUCUUUUGAUGCAGAGGUCUCAAGUUACUUCCCAGUUCGGAGCAGAUGCCCUUUGGCGAAAAGGGUAUACUGGUGCUAAAGUCAAAAUGGCUAUUUUCGAUACCGGAAUACGCUCUGAUCAUCCUCAUUUUCGAAACAUUAAGGAACGUACUAAUUGGACUAACGAGGAUACUUUGAAUGAUAAUCUCGGACAUGGGACCUUUGUGGCUGGUGUUAUCGCUGGUGAAGAUGCAGAAUGUCUUGGUUUUGCACCGGAUACUGAGAUUUAUGCUUUUCGAGUUUUCACUGAUGCACAGGUGUCAUAUACAUCCUGGUUCCUUGAUGCUUUCAACUAUGCUAUUGCAACCAACAUGGACGUGCUAAACUUGAGCAUUGGUGGACCGGAUUACUUGGAUCUCCCAUUUGUGGAGAAGGUUUGGGAAAUAACAGCCAAUAAUAUUAUUAUGGUAUCAGCUAUCGGAAAUGAUGGGCCACUUUAUGGCACUUUAAACAAUCCUGCUGACCAAAGUGAUGUUAUCGGUGUUGGUGGCAUCGACUAUAGUGACCACAUAGCUUCAUUUUCUUCACGUGGCAUGAGUACUUGGGAAAUUCCUCAUGGUUACGGUCGUGUCAAACCAGAUGUUGUGGCUUAUGGACGGGAAAUUAUGGGAUCUAAGAUCAGUACUGGAUGUAAAACCCUAUCAGGCACUAGUGUGGCAAGUCCUGUGGUUGCUGGUGUGGUAUGCCUGCUUGUUAGUGUCAUUCCUGAGAACAAACGAAAGGAGAUUCUGAAUCCUGCAAGCAUGAAACAAGCACUAGUUGAGGGUGCUGCUAAGCUUGCUGGUCCUAACAUGUAUGAACAGGGUGCAGGGAGGGUAGAUCUAUUAGAAUCCUAUGAAAUCCUCAAGGGUUACCAACCUCGAGCAAGCAUAUUUCCUAGCGUUCUUGAUUAUACAGAUUGUCCAUAUUCCUGGCCCUUUUGUCGGCAGCCACUUUAUGCUGGUGCCAUGCCUGUGGUAUUCAAUGCUACUGUGCUGAAUGGAAUGGGUGUCAUUGGCUAUGUUCAGAGUCCACCGACAUGGUAUCCUUCAAAUGAGGAAGGAAAUCUUCUAAGUAUUCGCUUUACUUAUUCAGAAAUUAUCUGGCCUUGGACUGGUUACUUAGCACUGCACAUGCAAAUUAAGGCAGAAGGUGCACAUUUUUCCGGAGUGAUUGAAGGUAAUGUAACUGUUAGGAUAUACAGUCCUCCAGCUCAAGGAGAGAGGGCUGCCCGAAGUAGUAUUUGCAUUCUUAAGUUGAAAUUGAAUGUGGUUUCAAUUCCUCCACGAUCAAAACGGGUUUUAUGGGAUCAGUUUCACAGUAUUAAAUAUCCUCCUGGAUAUAUUCCAAGAGACUCAUUGGAUGUGCGGAAUGACAUUCUUGAUUGGCACGGGGAUCACCUGCAUACAAAUUUUCACAUUAUGUUCAACAUGUUACGAGAUGCUGGCUAUUUUGUUGAGACGCUUGGUUCUCCUCUAACAUGUUUUGAUGCUAGCCAAUACGGGACUCUUUUAAUGGUUGAUCUUGAGGAUGAGUACUUCCAAGAAGAGAUUGAAAAGCUCAGGGAUGAUGUCAUUAAUACUGGGUUGGGAUUGGCUGUUUUCGCUGAGUGGUAUAAUGUCGACACAAUGGUGAAAAUGAGAUUUUUCGAUGACAACACAAGGAGUUGGUGGACACCAGUAACUGGAGGUGCAAAUAUUCCAGCACUAAAUGAUCUUUUGGCUCCAUUCGGGAUAGCUUUCGGGGAUAAGAUACUGAAUGGCGAUUUUACUAUUGAUGAUGAACAGAGUCGAUAUGCAUCUGGUACAGAUAUAUUGAGGUUUCCGAGAGGUGGGUAUGUACAUAGCUUUCCUUUUUUGGAUAGCUCGGAAAGUGGGGCCACUCAAAAUUUGUUGCUGAAUUCUGGCAUGAACAAGGCAGACUCACCUAUCCUUGGAUUGCUAGAAGUCGGUGAAGGUCGCGUUGCUGUAUAUGGAGACUCCAACUGCUUAGACAGCAGCCAUAUGGUUACCAAUUGCUACCGGCUUCUAAGAAAAAUACUGGAUUUCACUGGUUCAAAUAUUAAGGAUCAUGUGCUUUUCUCGAAGUCUGCUAAGCAAGAUACGCCAUUGUAUGAAGAUGACAACCACUUAUCGUCUAGAAGAACUGACGUAAAUUUCUCUCUCUAUUCUGCUGUGAUUGGAAAGGACUUAAUCUGUCGGUGCGACUCUAGAUUUGAAGUAUGGGGAACUAAAGGUUACAAUUUACACAUUAGGGGAAGAAACAGAAAACUACCAGGCUAUCCUGUUAUUGAUUUGGGGGGAGGCUUAAAUUCAACUGUUGAUACCAUGAAAUCUAGGCAUUCCAAGUUUACAGAGAGAAAUAAGGACAAUUCUUUCGGAAACAGGUACUUGGGCGAGCUGGAUAUGCCGGAACUAGUUGCUAGUCAGUGGCUUAUACCUGUAGUAGUUGCAAUUACAGGCAUUGUACUGUUCUUGAGCAUUUGGCGGAUUCGACAAAAACGAAGGAGACGGAGGCGAUCCAGCUCUGCUUGGUCAGCUAAUCUAUAGUUAAGGGGUAGGUUUUUUUUGAAGCUAGGUUUUAUCUUCUCAUAAAUUUGCUAAUGUACUGUUUACAGUUUUGACAUCAGCAGGCACCACACAAGGUAAUCUUGAACUCAUACAUGCAGUUUAGUAACAAUUUUCACGGCUUGUAUCUCUGUGUGUUUGUCUGUGUAAUGGAAAUGAAAGAAGGAAAAGA